CAGGAGCACAAGACAGUAAAGAUAGUUCUGUGAUUGGUAUUUGUUUAAAAGACAAAAGAUUCCUAAUGGGAGCAAAAGAAUCAAAACCAACUGAAGUACUGGAUGAAGCAUGGAGGUCAUUUGACUGGAGACAGAAGAAAGCACUGAAAGACCGUCUAGAAAAGUUUACUCCGAGUAAUCCAGAUGUGACAAACAUCAAGAUCCUGGUGGCUGGACAAAUUGGAGCAGGGAAGUCCAGCUUUAUUAACUCUGUCCUUAGUGCCUUUCAGGGAGAAAUAGUUAAUGAAGCACUAGCUGAUACUUCACAAUCAACCAAAAGUCACAGUUUCACAACAAGACUGAGAACAUACCGCAUCAGAAGUGGAGAUGCAGAUUUGCCUUUUGAAAUCUGUGACAUAAAAGGUUUAGAACCUGACGAAUUAUCUGAGAGUCAAAUAGAUGACAUUGUCAACACCAUAUAUGGACAUGUGAAGGAGGGAUAUAAAUUCGAGGAUAAACCUAUCACUAGCGACGAUGAACAUUACAAUCAAAACCCUUCACUGUCUGAUCAAGCCUUCUGCGUAGUUUACGUCAUAGAUGCAAAUACAAUCCAUCUCUCUGCAGAAGAUAAGAUAAUUACAGAGAAACUGAGGCUCAUUCGCCAAAAAAUCAGUGAUAAUGGGAUUCCUCAAGUGAUUGUCAUGUCUAAAGUGGAUGAAGCAAGUCCUCUUGUCAAAAAUGAUCUAAAGAUGGUCUACAGAAGCAAUAUAAUCAAAAAGAAGAUGGAGUUGUGCAGUGCCACAGUCGGUGUUCCAAUGAGCAAAAUCUUCCCAGUGAAGAACUAUCAUAAUGAGAUUAACACAAACGAUGAUGUUGAUGUCUUGAUUCUCAAGGCAUUUGAUCAGAUUUUGCGUUCUGCUGAUGCUGAACUGAGGCAUGGUGCUUACAACGAAUGUAAACAACAAUAAUAGCCUUUAGGGUUGAAUGUAUAGUUAACGAAAUGUAUCAUCUGAAUCAAAAUGCAUUCCAUGUGCAACAUAGUACAGGUUAUAGCCAACAACUGAGAAUGAUAAAAGGGACUCACACAUACACACAGUAUUAGAAAUUGCUACAUAAAUUAGCUGUGUCAGCUUGAUUGGCUUGAACA